AUGUCUGCAGGAUUUCGCAUAACACCUGCGCUAUGGGAUAAAAUCCACCACUUCGCCUCCUUUCCUCAAACGGGUGUCUCCCUGCAGCAGAUGGUUUUGUUCGGUCAAAAUCCUAGCCAGGGGACCUUGUUGAAAGCCAGCCAAUUUCUGUCCGAGGAACUACCCGUCCGCCUCGCCCAUCGCGUCAAGGAACUCGAUGAACUACCACACAAUCUCAGUGCGAUGCCGUCCAUCAAGAAGGUCAAGAACUGGUAUGCCCAAUCCUUCGAGGAGCUUAUCACAUUCCCUCCGCCCGCGUUAUCAACCACUAUUCGACAGGCCCUCAUAGUUAAUCGACCGGACGAGAUCGCCCUUCCUGAAUCCAAACCUAACCCUUCCCUUAGCCAUUUCACCGAUCCCUAUUCCAGCACGCAGCAUACUCAAGGCCACAGUCACGGACAUGGACAUGGCCAUGGCCACGGGCACGGGCACGGAAAUGGAAACGGAAAUGGAUUCAACAAGGUGAAAUUGAGGGUUCCUAUGGAACGGAGGUACUACGCCAAUACGAACAACAUUACGUGGCCACCGGAAGUCCAGGACUACAACAAACGAUUCACGAAGCUCUUAGAACACAUCAAGAGCCGACACGACCCGACCGUGACGACCGUGGCCCAGGGUGUGCUGGAGUGGAAGAGGAGCCAGAACGCGAAGCACAUUGGACUGGAUAUGCAGGCCUGGCUAGAUCGAUUCUACCUCUCUCGUAUAGGCAUCCGGUUCCUCAUCGGCCAACACGUUGCUCUGAAUACCCAGCAGGCCCAUGAGGACUACGUCGGAAUUAUCUGCACGAAAGCCAAUGUCCAUGAUAUUGUUCAAGAGGCGAUCGAAAACGCGAGAUUCGUGUGCGAGGAGCACUACGCGAUGUUCAAAGGCCCGCCCGUGCAGCUUAUCUGUCCCAAAGACCUUACAUUCGCCUACGUCCCCGGCCAUCUCUCACACAUCUGCUUCGAGCUUCUCAAGAACUCGCUCCGUGCGGUAGUAGAACGAUACGGCGUCGACAACGAGGACAACUUCCCGCCGAUCAAAGUUGUUGUCGUCGAAGGCAAGGAAGAUAUCACCAUUAAGAUCUCGGACGAGGGUGGAGGCAUUCCGCGCAGCGCCAUUCCGCUCAUUUGGACGUACAUGUACACGACGAUGGAGAGCCAGGGCAUCGACAACAACUUCCAGGCGAGCGACUUCAAAGCCCCGAUGGCUGGAUUUGGCUACGGUCUUCCAUUAUCACGGCUGUAUGCCAGAUACUUCGGAGGAGACUUGCGUCUGAUAUCGAUGGACGGGUUCGGAACGGACGUUUACAUUCACCUGAAUCGCUUAUCCAGUAGCCGGGAACCUUUGCCUUGA